UUAGUCAAAUGUCAAUCAAUCUCGUUUGUAACCGUCAAAAUCCAGCACUAAAAGAUUUGAAAAAGCAUCCCGCGUGGCACAGAAUUAGCCUCGGCCACUGUCGUUAAAUAAAAAAAAAAAACUUGUUUUUAUCGACUCAAGAAUCCUCUUUUUUUUUUUUUUUAUUUAUCCAUUUUUUUCUUUAAGCUUAAUCUCCAAAUCUUCUUGUUCACGAUCCAAUUUACCAUCCGUCCUUUGUUUUUCUUUCUCCUUCAAGUUUAAUCCAAAAAAAAAAAAAGCAAAAAAGAAAGGAGAGGCAAAAGAGAAAGAAAAUUUUCAAAGAAGUGAAAAGGAAAAGAAAAAACAAAAAUAAAAUGAAAGCUUCCUGAAGGCAUUGGCUUUGGAUGCUUGAUUGAUUAAUUUUAUUUCUCAAAGGUACAGUCUUUUAUUAAAUAAGCGCUUUUUUUGGAUUCGAUGAAGCAAUCUUGAAAAACAGAUGGGUGGUAAUGCUGUUGACGUCUCGUGGUCUCUUUGGAUUUUUUCUCUUUGGGAAAGCCAAAGAUUUUGGAUAGAGGUGAAACAUUAUGAACAGUAAAUAAGGAUUAAAAAGCUGAGCAGAGGUGGACUUAGGAGGAUUUGGGGCAGAGAAUGUGUUUAUGCACCAGAGAGCAAUUAACAAAAGUAGACAAAAUGAUACCUUCAUCAGAAUCCUUUGCGGCGAAAGAUUAUUCACUGAGUGGUUAUUCUUCUAAAGUUAGUGAUGGUAAGAAAAAGCCAGAUACCAGGAAUAUAGAAGAAGCUGAAUUGUCUCUGCGUGAAAGUAGUUCACUGAAUUAUGAGGAAGCUAGGGCAUUGCUGGGAAGAAUUGAAUAUCAGAAAGGAAAUAUAGAAGCUGCACUACAUGUGUUUGAAGGAAUAGAUAUAGCUGCGAUAACUCCCAAAAUGAAACUUACCCUUGCUAGAAGAGUAGAAAGGCGUAAGAGACGAUCUCAUGACUAUGCUCCUCCACCAAUGUCUAUCCAUGCUGUUAGUUUACUACUAGAAGCAAUUUUUCUCAAAGCAAAAUCUUUGCAGCAUCUCCAGAGGUUUAGAGAAGCUGCUCAAACUUGCAAAGUUAUUCUGGACAUAGUUGAGUUUUCAUUUCCAGAAGGCUUGCCUGAAAACUUUGGUGCUGACUGUAAAUUGCAGGAGACUCUAAACAAGGCAGUUGAGCUGCUUCCAGAAUUAUGGAAAUUUAGCGAUUCUCCAUCUGAAGCAAUCUUGUCAUACCGGUGGGCUCUUCUCCAUCAGUGGAAUCUCGAUGCAGAAACUACUGCAAGGAUUCAAAAACAGUUUGCCAUUUUUCUUCUGUAUUGUGGCGGUGAAGCGAGCCCCCCAAACCUCCGCUCUCAAAUGGACAGUUCAUUUGUCCCUAGAAAUAACAUAGAGGAAGCUAUACUCCUGUUAAUGAUACUAUUAAGAAAAGUUUCUCUGAAAAGAAUAGAAUGGGAUCCAUCAAUUUUGGAUCAUCUGUCAUUUGCUCUCUCCAUUUCUGGGGAUUUGAGGGCUUUAGCUAAGCACAUAGAAGGACUGCUUCCAGGGGUUAUUAACCGCAAAGAAAGAUACUAUAUUCUAGCUCUCUGUUAUUAUGAAGCAGGUGAAGAUAUGGUUGCUUUGAAUCUAUUGCGGAAAUUGUUGAAUAGUAGAGAGGAUCCACAUAGUAUUCCAGCAUGUUUAAUGGCAUCUAGAAUUUGUGGGAAAAAACCUAAUCUUGCAGCAGAAGGGAUUAAUUUUGCUCAUAGAGCCCUUGAAAGCCUGGAGGAUGAAUGCAGUGAGUUGGAAGGUACUGGUAAAUUUGUAUUGGGUGUGGCUUCUUCGGCACAUUCGAAGUCUGCCCCAUCCUAUUUUGAGAGGGUUGCCAGACAGUCUGAGGCCCUUCAGGCCUUGGAAAGUGCUCGGAAAAUUACAAGUAUGAAAGACCCUAAUAUUCUUUAUUAUCUUAGCCUGGAAAAUGCUGAGCAGAGAAAGUUGGAAGCUGCACUUUAUUAUGCAAAGUCUUUGCUAAAACUAGAAGGCGGUUCUGAUAUUAAGGGAUGGUUAUUGUUGGCUCGCGUAUUGUCAGCUCAAAAACGUUUUGUUGAUGGUGAAAUCAUUCUCAAUGCUGCCUUGGAUCAAACCAGCAAAUGGGAUCAGGGAGAAUUGUUGCGCACCAAAGCUAAGCUUCAAAUUGCACAGGGACAGCUCCAGAGUGCUGUUGAGACAUAUACUCAGCUUCUUGCCCUUCUUCAAGUACAGAGUAAAAGCUUUGGUUCUGGGAAGAAGCUUCACAAGGAUCAUGGAUACUCUAGAAGUUUUGAACAGGAAAUAUGGCAUGAUCUAGCUUAUCUCUACAUAAGCUUGUCACAAUGGCGAGAUGCUGAGAUUUGUCUUUCAAAAUCCAAGGCCAUCAGUUCUUACUCUGCUGUCAGAAAUCAUGCCACAGGUGCACUUUAUGAGAGAAAAGGCUUACUAAAAGAAGCACUGAAGGCAUUUUGGAGUGCUUUGGAUAUCGAUCCGGAUCACGUCCCAAGCUUGAUAUCUGCAGCCGGUGUGCUCAGACAACUUGGCGGCCAAUCCAAUCCAGUUAUAAAAAGCUUGCUGAUGAAUGCUCUCCGAGUUGAUAGAAUGAAUCCAUCUGCAUGGUAUAAUCUUGGUCUGCUUCACAAAGCAGAAGACACUGCAUCUUCACUAGAAGAAGCAGCUGAAUGUUUUGAGGCUGCUGCCAUUCUUGAAGACUCAGCGCCCGUUGAGCCAUUUAGAUAAUACCCUCCCCCCCUCUGCGGCUAUGCAAAUUCUUCUUCUCUGUAAAUCAUAACAAGUUUUUCCCACUCUCUUAGACAAUUAUGUAUUGUUCUAUGUUCUUCCUGUAUCUUGUAAUACUAAUAGCAAUAAAAUGAUAAGUUUUUCUUCCUUCUGAUUUGAUUGAGUUGCCACUCAGUGAGUUUAGCUCUGAUUCUAGAAAAAGAUACCAGGAAUAUUGUCUUAUGUACAUGCAGUGAAUCAUAAAUAAAUUUAUGAAGU